AUGACACCGGAUCGCAUCAUUGCCAUCAUUCUUUGCAUCAUCGCCAUUCUGGUCAAUGCCAUCUCGCUUUUCGCUAUCAUCCAGUUCAAGGGGCCCUUCACCGCGAACAAGCAACUUGUCACCAGCCUUUUGACCUCCGACCUUUUCAUAAGUCUCUGCUUUCUGACCGCCUCAAUCACUAACAGUAACAAUUUGAUGUACCCGCAGGCAGAUGAAGACUUGGUGCAGGCUACGUGCAUAUAUGCGGUCGUAGAAGCCUUGAUGAUUAGCGGUCAACUGACCAACCUUCUCAACCUGGCUGCAAUGGCACUCGACCACUAUAUCGCCAUCAACAUCCCGUUGAAACACUCGUAUCUGAUGGACAAGCACCAUGUUGGUAUCCUGAUUGCAGGCGUUUGGGUUCUUGGUUUCAUAUGCGGAUUUUCAGAUUUCUUGUUACCGUUUGCACCACUCUACAGCCAUUGUCAAAAUCAGCUCUUGGUCAGCUAUUGUGAAAAGGUCAAAUGUACUAUGUUCGAACCCAACUUCCUUCUGUUCGCCGUGGUGAUCAUCUGCUUUGUGGAAAUGGCUUUUCUCUACAGCCAGGUCUUCAAGACGGUCUAUAAGUACCCACGUUUGCAAAGCCGGCAUACCCAGAAUACGCAGCGUAACAACAAAGGUUUGGUGACAACGAUCAUCAUCGUCGUCUCCUAUACGAUCUGUUGGCUACCCUACUGCCUGAUGGAGCUAACAAUGACAAUCAUGAGCCUCACCAACACGACACUCAUCCUCACGUACUAUAAAAUCAUGCAGAAAGCCCAGUAUUACCUCUACAACCUGAUCGCACUCAAUUCCAUAUUCGACCCCCUCAUCUACGCCAUACGCAUGCCCGACAUGCAAAACAGCUAUCGGCGUCUUCUGCGCAUGUGCAAAAAGCACAAACCCAGCAAGCAUCACAUCUCUAUGAUGGACCGGAAGUCGACAACAUCCGGGACAGUUUUUGUUGAUAAUGUUACGGAGACAGGGGUGUGA